CGGACGCGUUUCCAUAGCGGAAGAUACAAUUUUUAGUUAAUUGAAUGUCAUAAAUAAAGACAAAACAUUUUUAUGCACACAAAAAAUGUAAAUAAUGUAAUUUUAGAACAAUUAAAUUCGUUUUUUUUGUUUUGUUUCGCCUUGUUUCAUUAUUACAGUAAAUGCACAUUAUUUAUUUCUUAACGCCCGUCUACCAACUGGAAUGGUAGGCUCCACGGAAGCUGUGUGUGACAGCUCGUGGGGGAAGGGAGGCAUCACAUCCUAUGGUGAUAGACGCUGGUGUAGCAUUGAACACAGACUGAACCGAAGGCGGUAUGGACAAGACAGCAGUAGUAAAAGUAGGGGCACUGGCAAGUGCCAGUGUAUGUGCCCUCUUUGGUGGCGUGGUCUUAGCCCAGUACAUCUUCACAAAGAAGAAAAAAGCGGGCCGGAAAACCAAGAUCAUUGAAAUGAUGCUGGAGUUUCAGAAGAAAACGGUCCACUUCAAGGACCCAGAGAGAGUGGAGGAUAUUAUCUGUGGCCUUAUCAAAGGAGGAGCUGCCAAACUCCAGAUUAUUACAGACUUUGAUAUGACGUUAAGUAGGUUUUCCAACAAUGGAAAAAGGUGCCCCACGUGUCACAACAUUAUUGACAACAGCAAAAUGGUCACAGAAGAAUGCCGAAAGAAGCUGCUGCAACUUAAAGACACAUACUAUCCCAUUGAAAUCGACCCUAAUCUCACUAUAGAGGAAAAGUUCCCUUUCAUUGUAGAAUGGUAUUUCAAAUCCCACACUUUACUGAUCGAACAGCGUCUACAGAAAGACAAGCUUCCACAAAGUGUGAAGGAAUCAGAUGCCUGUCUAAGAGAGGGCUACGAGCAUUUCUUCAAUACGCUUCAGAAGCACAAUGUCCCCAUGUUUAUCUUCUCGGCCGGGCUGGGAGACGUCCUGGAGGAGAUCAUUCGGCAGGCCGGGGUCUACCACCCCAAUGUCAAGGUGGUCUCAAACUUCAUGGAAUUCGACGAGCACGGUGUGUUAAAGGGUUUCCAGGGAGAACUAAUCCAUGUGUAUAACAAGCAUGAUGGAGCCCUGAAGAAUACUGAAUACUUCAAGCAGUUAAAGGACAACUGUAACAUUAUUCUCCUGGGAGACUCACUUGGUGACCUGAACAUGGCAGAUGGAGUGCCAAAUGUAGAAAACAUUCUCAAGAUCGGCUUUUUGAAUGAUAAGGUGGAGGAACUCUUGGAAAAGUAUUUGGACUCUUACGAUAUUGUUUUGGUGAAGGAUGAAACUUUGGAGGUGCCCAAUUCCAUCCUUCAGAAGAUUCUUUAACAAUUGGCCUGGACAGAAACACUGGACUGAGCAAAAGCUCCUUUCGCUGCCUUAAAAUUACAAAAUUAAAAAAAAAAUAAAUAAAUGUUGCUCUGCAUUUUUAAAGACACUUUUUUGAUUUGCUGAACUCCAAUGCAUACCCCAAAAACCCAUUGGAUAUUUUUUAAACCUUGGUGUAUUUAUUGUUAUCAUAAAGUAUGUGAACAUCUUUUACAGCAAAUGUUUUACCGUUACAAGACCAAACAUACAAGACUGCCAUGUUUUUUCAAGUAUAAUGCAUAACCCAUUGAUAAUACAAAAAAACACAGGUCCAUAUAUGAAUUAUUCCUCUCUGCUUACUGGGAUUUUAGACUGUCAGUUAAUAUUGGUCUGCCAGGGUGUCCUAGGCUCACCACGCACCAGCGAUCCCUGUAGUCUGGCCGGGCGCCUGCAGGCUUGCCUGUAAGCUACCCUUAGCUGCGUUGUCCUCCGACGCUGUAGUUCCAAGGUGGCUGCAUGGUGAGUCUGCAGUGUGAAAAAAAGCAAGCGGCUGAAGGCAGCGUGUGUUCGUCUUCACCACUCCCGAGUCAGCCUAGGGGUGGUAGCGGUGAGCCGAGCUUAAAUAAUAAUUGGAUACUCUAAAUUGGGAGAAAAUAAUAAUAAAUAGUUGCCAACAACUAAAUUAAAAAAAAAAUACACUUAUUUUCUGCACUGUAUAGCUUGGCCUACUGUAAAAAGCACUUGACUUUUACUUUUCACUGUGUGUAAAAUAUCCACUCCAUAGUAAAUGUAUUACGAGGGCAAUUUUACCACCGUGGAAAAUCAGGACCCUUGUCUUAUAUUGUUCCUUUAUUAAAAAUAAAUAAAUAGGCAAUAUGUCUACUUUUGUAUCUGGGAUUUAUACUACCUCCAACCUCCAAAAAUGUAAAGAAAUUACUUUGGUUAUUAUUAUUAUUAUUAUGAUGUAUUAUUAGUCAUUUGCAUGUUCUGUUUAGUUGCCUUUUGAACUUUUAAGUUGUAUUGUAGAAAAAAAUAGACUUUGAUAUAGCCGAGAAUGAUUUCACUUAUUUAUUGUUUCUUACUUGCAUUUUGUUUUCAAUGCAUAUUCAUGGCUGACUUGAUUUGGAAAAACUGUAUGUCUCCAUUACUUUUCCAUAAAUAUUCACACCCUGUGCUUUCAGAUUUUAAAUUAAUCAUUCCUGUAUUUAGAAAAAGCUUGACAUCCAUUUACCUUUAUCAAAAGGCCAAGGGUCCAUGAAGGGAAUUUUGCCUGGAAGUGACGGCCAAAUAUCAAAUAUUUACUCUGGAAGUUGUUUUUUCACAUUUUUCAGAUGUUAACGUAAUUGUUCUACUUUGCAUCCACAACUUUAGUAUGUUGUUUAGCAUUAGGAGGGAGAGGUUAUAAAUACUAAAAGAUGGCAUUGUUUGCACACAUUGCAAAAUGAUGUAGUUAGUGGCUGGUUGAGAUAUAACGAACGCCGUUUCCUUGGGAUUGUUUGCCAAAAUGUGAUCAAACUUCACCUGGACAUGGCUUACAAUAAUGUAAUGUACAUACUAUCCAUGUAGAUCACACAUAAGAUAGUGAUAGUACACAUUUGUGAUUUUGGCGAUGUACACAGGGGCAUAACUUGACCAAAACUUCACCAAACAUUCACUUAUUUCAACCCGAGCCAGAUUCAAAUCGAGGAUUCCCAAUGGAAUCCGCGAAGAGCUUUGGGAUUGCAUGCAGGUAUAAUAAACGGUUGAAGAUUUUACCUUACAGAAUAAUGUAGUCCAAGAUUAUGAAGGCCCUGGAUGUGGGUCCACUAGUUGUUCCCAUCAUGGUUUUCAAGAUGAAUUAAUCACAAUAAAUUCCAGCACUUUGGUGAACAAAAGUCAUACAAAAAGGUGCACUAACACACUAAACUAAACCUUAAAAUUUAAAUACCUCUUUUGUGGUGUCCUGUUUUUCUUUUACCAUUAUGGGGUAAUAAUGAGUGUACAGUUGUUUUUUUUUUUGUUUUGUUUUUUUUU